AAUAGAAUCGAAAAUAUGACAAGUGAAAAUUGAGUGUGAGAAAUUGAAUUGAAGACUGGGGGAAGACGAGGAUCGUCGAUUGAGAUUUGGAAUCGGAGUUAGUGACCCAAGAUGACCCAAUGGUGUUCGCUCAGUGUGAUGAAGGCCGUGCUGUGCGUAGGCUGCACGGAGGUGGACUACGUGACCACUGUGGAGAACGUGGACUUCCAGAGCGACAGGACGCGGACCCAGAACGGAACUCUGCAGCGCAGCGGCAGGUCCUCGAACGUCAGCACGGCCCUCCGGCUGUUGGGCGCCAAUGUGGAGCUGUUCGGCGUGCUUAGCCGCAAUCCCACAUACCGCAUGAUCCUGGACGACCUGGAGCAGCGCGGCAUCGACAUCAGCCACUGCACCUUCACCGACGAGAGUCCGCCCUUCUCCACCAUUGUCCAGGAGCGGUGGACUCGUCGCUGCACAGUUGUCUACUGCGACAAGCCGUUUCCGUAUGUGACGGCCGGGGAUUUCCGGAAGCUGGAUCUCAAUCAGUACGGCUGGGUGAACUUUGAGGCGCGCAGUCCGCGGGAAACCUGCGACAUGAUCCGUCUGGUCCUGGACCACAACAACGGUCGCGAGGAGGAGGAUCGCAUAGUGGUCUCGCUGCAGAUCUAUAAUGCCUUCGCCAAGGUCGUAGAUCUGAUUGGCAUGUGCGACUAUGUGUUCGUCACCAAGUAUAUAGCCGAGACCCGUGGCUGGAUGACGCCGCUGGAGGCCUGCGAGGGAAUCAACGAGCUGCUGCGGAUGCCGCGGAACAUUCGGAUCCGACGGCCCUGCGUCAUUGUGCCCUGGAGCAGCCUCGGCGCCGGCUGCAUGACCACGGAGGGUCAGUACUUCGAACUGCCCGCCCACAAGCCCAAGAAGAUCAUCGACCGGGUGGGCGAUAGUGAUUGCUUCACGGCCGGCUUCAUUUACGCCGCCUUCGUGCGGCAGAGGCGUUUGGCCGAUGCCGUGGACUUCGCCAAUGCCGUGGCCAGCUUCAAGUUGGCCUAUGUCGGUUUCGAUUGCCUGGGCCACCUGCAAAUCGACACGGUCAAGCUGCCGGUCAAGAUCAAGGGCGACAGUGAGGCGACCUCCGACGAGGAGGAUAAUGAACAGCUAAACAGCUGCCGGAAGCACCUGCUGCGGCCAUUCGAGUACCAGGAAGCGAUCAAGGACUUAAGGGUCACAGUCAAGGAAGAGGCGGUAGAGGCCUCGCUGAUCGUGGAGCCCGAAUCUGCUAGUUAGGAAUUGGAAAAGUGUGAAAAGUACUGUCUAUUAAUAAUCUCAAAUAUUCUCGAAAUGUAAAAUUCUAUUUUAAAUUAAAUAAACUGUCAAAAUAAAUAAAUUAGGUCAUAUAACAAAUA